GUGAGAAGAAGAGAGGGAGAGGAGAAGGAGCAGGAGAUGUCAGAGAGAAAGAGGAGUGUGUGCAGGGAGAACGAGCUCUCCCAGAGGAGUUCAGGCUCAGAGGGAGAACACGGCUCACAGGAAGACAGCAGCCGAAAGACGAAGGAAGUAUGAACUGGCUUCACGCUCCAUGAGCAGUGAUCACUGCUGCUAACACGGGGGGAAAGUCAACUGGUUCACGGACGACAGGGAUGAAGAAGGAGAGCAGCAGGGGGAAAAAGAGACACGCUAAGAAGAAGCAAGCACAGCUAAAUUAUUAAACAGAGAUCUGGACUAACCCUGGAGUAUCUAACCAGCGCUCUGCUAAGCCCAGCAGGGAAGAUGUCCAAGUCCUCUCCUCGUCUGGGGCGACCCGGAUCAGCCGGGUCUACAGGCACCUGCGUGAGAAAGGAGCUGCAGGGGAAUCGCUCAUGCAUGCUCCGUAUCGGAGAGAGGCUGAUGAGGGCAGGCAGUGAGGGGAACUUGGUCCAGAGAGUCUUACCAGCCCAGAGCCAGACUUCCUCUGCUGGAUUGAGGCAAGGAUCUAAUGGGCGGACACAAGCUGCAGCCCUGCAGGACGGCACUGAGUUUACAGGACAUAACCCCAGCAAAGAUCCAGGAAACUCUUCUUCCUCUGUGAAGGACAGCAGCAAAGAGCCUCCGAUGCAGAAGAAGAAUCACAACUCGAGCAAUCUGUUCAGUAACCCUGGUUCGGUUCCUCACUCCUCCAGCACCUUACCUCGAAGCUACACCACCUCCGCCUCAGGAACCAAAGACAGCCAAUCAGACAGCCUGAUGAAGAUGAAGGAUGUGGAGAGGAAGAAGGAGGUGUUUCUGGACAUUUUGAGGCAGAAGUACCCUCACCAUGCCGCCAUCAUCAUGGGACACCAGCCUGGGAGUACCUGGUCCUCUGACAGCGCCCCCUCAGCUGGAGGGCUGGUCCCAAAGGAGCAGCAGGAUCCUCAAGAGACCAUGUCUGACUCAGACCUGCCCUCCCCCUCAGCCCCCUUCACACGGGGCUGCAAGACCAGAGCAAGUCUACCUGUGGGGAGGUCAGGAGGUCACACAGGAGAGAGGCCGCAUGGUGUGGUGUACUUACAGUAUGGGGAGGAGACUAAACAGGUGAGGAUACCUGCUGAGAUGACCACUCAGGACUCUCUGCACGCUCUCUUUGUUACCGCCUUCCCUCAUCAGCUCACCAUGAAGAUGCUGCAAUCUCCCAAUGUGGCAAUCUACAUCAAAGACAGCAGCAGAAACUUCUACUACGAGCUGGAUGACAUCAGAAACAUCUCGUCACACUCCUGUCUCAAGGUUUACCAUAAAGACCCAGCACACAUAUUCAACUGCCAUGCCAGACCUGCAAAGACGGAGGGGAGGAUCUCUAAAGAGAUUCUGUACGGGAGUCACAGCCCGAUUCACACUCGCUCUGCAUCGGGCCGCAGUACCCUGCAAAGCCUGCAGGGCUCCAUGUCGCCCCCCAUGGUGCGCUCCAUGCCCUCCUCCCCUUCUAGGAGAGUUUAUGGUGGGGGGACCAAAGGAGGGGUGGCGGGGGAACUGGGCAGCUCAACGUUACCACGGGAACGCCUGUCGGGGGCGGGGCUGUCCAGGUCCCUGUGCACCAACAGCAGCAGCUCCAUCCUGGAGAGGAGGGAUGUCAAACCAGAUGAGGAUGCUGACAACUUUAAGUCCAUGGCUCUGGUCCUGCGUGCUGAAGGAGGUCCACAUUAUCCGGACUCGUACUGCUCCUCCCUGCUGGAUGGAGGAGCAGGAGGAGGUCGCCUCUCCUCCUCUCAGUGCAGCGCCCCCCCAUCCCUCGCUGCAGACCUGGUGGACUCUGGGGGAACAGGGAUCCCAGGAUGUCUGCAGCAGUACCGUGCCUCCAUCAAACCCCUGAUGGGCUACGGAGAUACCCUGGACCAGCAGACUCGAUCCCUGCACAGGCAGAAGAGCAGGAAGUAUGGAGAGAGCCAGCGUCCUCCUCUGGGAUCCUGGAACCCGCCCUCCUCCCCUCAGAGAAUCAGUGAGGUCAGGUUGUCCGAGGGACAGGUCAUCGAGGGGUCGGCCCUGGUGUCUGCAGAGAGGAUGUCACCGAUCCGCCGGUCCCUGCGGCGGGCCAGUAACGGGACCACAGGCUCGUCCUCCUCCCCCUCCUCCGUUUUCUUUGACAGCCCACUGGGGACACCUGAUAGGCUGUUCCAGGGUCAUGUGACUGGCAGCACCGCCCAGAGUGAGAGGAUGAAGGCCAUGGAGGAGCAGAUAGCAAGUCUGGCAGGUCUGGUGCAUCACGCCCUGUCUGUGGGAGCUGAUAUUCCAGGAGUGAAGGAGGCCGUCAGUGUGUCUGCUGGACAUAAACUCCUCAACAACCGACAUGGUAUGUCAUCUGAGCAUCAGAAACCAGCUGCUUUGAGUGACAGCUUUAAAACCCAGCCCCUGGCUCUUCAGGCCCCUCCCCCUGACAGCGAGCUGCAGCAGAGUCUGAUGUUAGCGAAAAGAAAUGUGUGUGAGCUGAGACUGCAACUCAACCAGCUCAGACACCUACAGCUAUUGAACCAGCAGAGUGUGAGCGCCAUGCUGCAGACGGCCGGUCACGAGUUGCUUCUCCUGAUGUGUGAUCGUGUGAGUCAGAGUGAGGCGAUGGCAUUUAGACGGAGAGCAGGGAUGGAGGAGGAGAGGGUCCUCUACCUGAGGACUGAGGAGGCCAUUCUCACACAGCUCAGUGAGCUCGAGGUCUAUGUGGACCACCUCCAGAGAAGCUCCGCCUCCAGUCCCAGCCAGCUGUCAAUCACACUGAGAGACGUGGAGGAAGCAGCCGUGAACCUGCGGAGGGUCGGAGAGGCUCUGGCUGUCCUCAAAAGUGAGUUUCCAGAGCUGCAGGUGAAGCUCCGCUCUGUGCUGCGUCUGGAGGUGGAGGCGGUACGUUUCCUAAAGGAGGAGCCACAUAAGAUGGACGCCAUGUUGAAACGAGUCCGAGGUCUGACUGAGUCCCUCAGCUCUCUGCGCAGGUGUGUGUCAGAAUCCAAUCCCCCCAUAAGACCAGCGCAGGAGCAGGAGGAUCCUGUGAAGGAGGCGGAUCAGGGACCAGUGAAAACCUCGCCCAAGCCUCAGCCCCGCUCAUCUGUCAGACCCCCCCUGCAAGCCCCUCCCUCUUCUGAGAUCAGCCUUGAUGGAUCCGCCUCUCCUAUUAUGGUCCGCAGGAUGAAAAGCAUAGCAGCUUCAGGGGUUCAGCCCCCCAACCACCCCAGCCCCCCUCUAACCCAAACCCAUGGGCGAGACUCACCCACUGUGGCCAAGGUGAGCCCUUGCAGCAGAGAAGGGAGCCCCGGCCUGCAGAGGAGACCAGGACCUGGACCAGAGGGCAGCAAAGACGAGUCCACCCUAAAAACAAACACUCACACUGAGACUGCCCACAGACAGCCACCAGAGGGCAGCACCAUGAACCAGUCCACAACAAGGUCCGGAUCCAGUCAGACCUUCAGCACCAGCACAGAUCCACUGAGGUCCAUCACUGGAGGGGGACAUCCUGGGGACAGGACCUCUGGCCAAAAACCAGAGUCAAAGCCUGACACACCUGAGGUCCUGGCACUUACAGGUAGACCAGCAGAGUCCGCAGCCUCAGAGAAGUCAGAGGUCAAAGCCAACAGGCGGACUGACGAUAUGGACUCCUCCCACACUCCUCCAACAGCUGCAGACUCAGCUCCUGCACCCUCGCAGACUCCUGCAGCUCCUUCUUUUUCUGCUCCUCCGUCAACCCUUCCAUCAGCUCCAGUGAGCUCAGAGCGCAGCAGUCGGCCUCAGAUGGAGAAGCCGCGACGCUCCAGCAUGGAGAAGGAGUUGAAGCAGAGUCCAGACAGAGCGGGCAGGUCUCCUCCUCCUCCUCCUCCUCCUAGAAGGUUCAAUGCAGUCACCUCAGGUGUGAGUACAGCCAGGCCAGCAGAGGAGGAGCUCACCAGGAGGGAGCCGCUAGGAGCUCAGGGUGAGGAUGAAAAGCCUGCUGCUGCUCCCCAGCCCAAACCCCCCCGACAGCCCCCAGAGGUCAAACCUAAACCCCUCCUGUCUGCAGCCUCUGUACACAGGGGUGAAAAGGAAGAGGAAGAAAAGGUCAUGAAGGAGCUGCAGGUGACUACAGAAUUGCCCAACAACAAUAAUUUGUCCAGCACAAAUACAAAAUGGAAAGAGGUAUUAAAGACACCUGCAACAGCACAGGUAACCAAUCAGAAUCCGUCUGACCCCCAGGUAGCUCCUCAGCUUGGUGUUAUCCAAUCCUACAGUGAAGCUGAGAGAGGAGACAGUGAGAGACCUCAGAAGAAAGAGGCAGACAAAGUGGUUCGACAAGUCACAUCCUUAAAAUGUGAAACAGUGGAGGAGGUGGAUGUCCGCCCAAAUCAGUCUUCACAAAACCCUCAGACUGUCAAAAUGAAAAAGGAGGUUGCGACACCAACCAACGCAGAGACGAUGGAUGUACCCCCACCUUUACCUCCACGAGACAACCUGACUAUCCAGAAGAAAGACAAGGAUCAAUCACCAAACCAUAAAGAAGCACAUAAGACAGCUACACCUGCAGCUCUGCUGAAAGAAAGCAAUUGUACUGAAAAGCAGGUUGUUGUAGAGCUGAAGGAGACGCCCUCACCCGUAGCUUUACCAGACACUCAGACUGUCCAGACAAAAGACAGGGUGAAGACACCAACCCAACAGAGAGCAGUGACAGAGGAACUUACACCUACAGCUCCACAAAAUGAAAGAGAAAGUGUUCCUAAGAAGGUUGUUGGACAGGUGGGCUCCCCGACCACAGCAGAUAAAAAGGUGAAGUUUACAACUAUUGUCACUCUACAAAAAGACACCAAUCAAACGGGUGCUGAGCAGACACAGGACAAGGCUGUGAGAGACGCUUCGGCUGAGAAAAAGUCUAAUCUGAUAGUAGUCCUGACAUUACAGAAAGAAAACACAGCAGAUGACAGCUCGGGGGAGACGUCACCACAGGACCCACAGAAUGAGACAGAGAGCUCUCGUCAGGACUGGGCAGAGUCAACUCCAGUCCUCAAGCGUUACGCCCCGUCACCCGACCUCUCCUACAGAGAGAGUGAAGAGCAGCAGGAGGAAACAGAGCAGGGAUCCAGAGACCGAGCACAGUACACUGAAGAUGGAGGUAGUCUAAGUCCUGACGUUUGCAGUGAUGAGGGACCUCCGCCUCCUCCACCUCCCACCAGUAAAAUCAGCCUCAGGAGCUCCAUGACCAGAGCUAGGAUCCUAUCCAAAGAGGAAGACUCGAGCAAAACCAGUGGAUCUGACACACAGACUGUAGAUGUAGACAGCGGUGGUGAACUCACCUACAUGGUAUAUGAGAACCAAGGGUUUGAGGAAAGGGACGACUUUGAUAGGAAACCUAUUAUUGUCUUCUUGAAUGAGCCAAUGGACUUUGAAUUAGCCUGUAAGCGACUGUCUACCAUCUUUGAAAGUGAGGAAGAUCUAGACAGGGUUCUCUCCUCAGAUAUCCGCAUGGCUGAAGAAGAGAUGCAUCAGCAGGAACAGAACUUAAAAAUAAAUAUCAAUGAAAUAAAUAUGAACUUUGGCUUUAAAGACGUCACAGAAAAUGGUCAGAACUCUCUCAAUCAAAGACCUUCGGCAGCUAAUGGUUCUAUUGCUGAAAACCAGGACCGGGGUAAACCAGACUCAUUUGGGAAGAUGGAGACCAAAAAGAAAUUCAAAUUCAAGUUCCCCAAAAAAAAACUGGCAGCAAUCAGCCAGGCCAUUCGAACAGGGAAGAGCAAAGCAGGAAAGAAGACUCUUGAGGUGGUCGCGGAUGAGGAAGAGGAGGAGAUGGCCUCAGAGUGCAGGACGGUAAUGGAGACCAACAAUCAAACAAAGGAGUCCAAGAGGUUUGAGAUCAACAAUACCAAAAAAUCUCAACCUGAUGUAGGGAAUGACAGAGGCAUCCAGGACUCCUCUCCCGUCAGUGCCAUAGACUCAAAGUCACAGAGGGUUGAGAAGCUCUGCAAGAGUGCAUUCCAAUCCAUCGACAGUCUGGAAGAGUCCAUUAAACUGCUGGAAGUCAGUAUGGACAGUAUCACUGUUCCUUCCUCCCCCUCCUCCUCCACUGUGUCCUCCCCUCCUCAGUCCCCUGAUGCCUCCUUCAACUCCUCUGGCAGAGCUCAGUCUACAGACAAGGGCAAACGAGAGAGAGAGAGAAGCCCGUCAAAAAGGCCAGCCUCUCAGAUCCUCAAAGGCCCAAAUCCACCUCAGAGUAAGAGGGCCAAAGCCCAGCCCCCGCCUGACACAGGGAAAACCUCCACAAAGAAACAGACCUCCAGCUCCGGCUCUUCUGCUCAGCGACUUCACACAAAGUUACGUCACUCGUCCUCCUCAGGCUCGGAGAAGACACCUAAGAACCAGCCAGCCAAUCAGAAGCAGCCCAGCCAGCCAAAUGUUGUCGCCAUCCCACGCUAACAUCGGCCCCGCCCACCACCGGCCUCACAGCGCCAGCAAGAGCCAGCACCAACUCGCCCUCGCCUCCACCUCCCAACAACGGUACUGCUCUUCAUCCUCCUACUCUUCAUCCUCAUCCUCACCUUCCUCCUCCUCCUCCACCUCCCUGUCUCCCACCUCCUCCUCUCCUCCCUCUCCAUCUUCCUCCCUCCACCCCACCUUGGCGGGUCACAGGGAGUGGAGUGUCCCGACGUCAGGAUGUGACUCCCCCUCUAAAGGUCGAGGCAGGAAAAGCACAACAGCUGCAGCCUCCAAGAGCGCACCGUGAGGCAUUCAAGGACCAAGGACGCGCAACAGACAUUCAAACUUUCAAAGCCAAUUAAGCGAGAGAGAAAUGGAUUGACUAGCAAUGUGUUCCUACAGCAAUAUUGUGUGAUGUUUACCUUUAUUACCUUUCAAUAUUUUGUGUUGUGGAAAAAAAAGUUUUUAAAAUCCAAACCAGGAGACACUCUGACAUUUGUAAAUAUAUAUAUCUGUAUUUCAGAACUCAUGUAACAAACUGCAGCAAUAAGAUACUGAGGUACAUGUCUGAUGUCACUGAAACUUUGUUACCAUACACAGUUUGUCCUGUAGAGGGCAGCGCGUACCUCAUACCUCCUCAGACCACGUUCAGCAGCCUGUUUUUGAUUUGAUAUUUUCAGAAAAAUCGGCCGUGGACUUCUACAGACAGAACUUUGUAUUCUGUCACAUCAUGUUUUAAUGUUUUAAUAGGAAUAGAGAUUAUAAUAUAACAUGUGUAAACAGAAUUUAUUUUUCCUAACAUAGUUUGAAUAGAUUCAGGCCUGUAAGAUGCAGUUCAGCUGUUUUUGGAUCCUUUUUGAACAUUUUGUGUCUUUUAAAGCUAAGAGUCCUGUGUUGUGAUGAUAAGUAUUCACCCCAAAGUCGCUACAGAACAGAUUUUAUGUAGAUAAUUAAGAUUUAAAUAUGAGUGUUUAUCUUCCUUUCAAAGAUCUGUUAGUGCAGAGAGAUGUUUAAAUAAAUAAAAGUGUUUGUGUAACCAUCAGAGUGACUUCAUCCUCACAGCAGAAUCACGUUAAGGUUUAUCUGAGUCACAUUACAGACAUCAGUACAGACCAUCAUGUUCAUCCAAAGACAAUCAUCUUUACUCCAUAAAGAAUAAAAGCACUCAUCAAAGCUAAAGACUUGAUUCUGAUUGGCCAAUCACGUCUAAAGUUCUCCUAUCCCUGUGAUAACAACACGCUCACUUUAUAUAAUCCCUGACAUAACAUCCGUCUGAAAUGAAAGUUUCACUCUUCAUCUUCUCUGAAAUGAUCGCGCAGAGUGCUACAGUUGUUUUCUUCACUGAUGAGGAUGAUGUCAUUCCUGAUUUGACCCCAUGCUACCUCUCACUGUGUCUGUGUAUGAAAAACGUUCAUUCUGUGUUAAUGAUUCACCAAGUUUAAUUUGAGACUGUCGGACUGUUUAUAUCUGAUCAUCUGUCAAACCUCUGCAUGUCUCCAGCAGUCCGCUUCCUGUCAAGGUGGUCUGAUCAAUAAUGUUGAAAAUAAUUAAAAAAUUAAAUCAUUAUAAUAAAGGGCUUCCAGAGUGUUGAACAAUCA